AUAUUUAUACACACACACGCUCGCAAGCAUACAGUGUAUUAAUUCUUGCACAGGUUUUACCCUGCUGCUGCUUAUGAUCAUGCUGAUGCUGCAGCUCCAAGAUAUAUUUGGAAAACUUUUGUCUCUCUCAACUUCGUAACUCUCCUCUUUCUUUCAUCAAAUAUUUAACACGAUCAAAUUAUUAUUAGUAGUAUUCCUCCUAUCAAUGUGUGUUUUAUGUUAUUAAUCAACAUGACAAUUAGCCUUCUCAAUAAAUUAGUUUGCGGUGGAUAGACCAGGGACUCACCCAACGCUACUUUUACACUGGUUUACCUUCGAAGAUGAUUUGCAUAAAACUUUAGGAUUGUCAGAUUACCAAAAGAAGGAAAAUGGAAUAUGGACUCAAAGAUAUUUUACUGUCUUUCAGUAAGAUUUAACUUCUGAAAGAUUCUUAUCUUCAAAUGGAUUUAUCUCCAAAGAUUGAAUAUACUAUUAUAGAAGACGAUUCUUUCCAAAAUUUGGAAGUUGAUUAUGAAAUUGACUCCAAACUUUGGCAAAAACGUUACCAAUGUGAACUGUGCAAUAAAGAUUUCUCAUUAUAUCGGUCUUUGAGACGUCAUAUGAAAACACAUACAAGAGAGAAAGUAUUCCAAUGUGAAAUAUGUGAUAAAGAAUUUUCUUUGAACUAUUAUUUGAAAUGUCACAUGCGAACCCAUACUGGGGAGAAACCAUUCCAAUGUGAAAUAUGUGACAAAGCAUUUUCUUUGAAUAGUUGUUUAAAAAGACAUUUACGAACACACACUGGGGAGAAACCAUUUCGCUGUGAAAUAUGCGAUCGAGAAUUUUCUCAGAACUGUCACUUGCGCCGACAUAUGGAAAUACAUACAGUUGACAAGCCUUUUCGCUGUGAACUGUGUGGGAAGAACUUUUCUAAAGGUUCUCUCUUGAUUAGUCAUAUGAAAUCUCACUCUGAUUUGAACCCUUUCUAUUGUAAGAUUUGUGGGAAAGAUUUUCUUAAUAAUUCUCAGCUUAUUGGUCAUUUAAGGACGCACACAGGGGAAAAACCUUUUACCUGUGAAAUUUGUGGCAAAGAUUUCUCUCAAAACAGUAAUUUGAAACGUCAUGUGAAAAUUCACUUUGGAGAAAAAACGUUUAAAUGUGAAAUAUGUAAUAAAGAAUUUUUGGGUGACAAAUGUUUAGAACGUCAUGUCCGAACACAUACUGGAGAAAAACCAUUCUCUUGUUCAUUAUGUGGUAAAACAUUUUCUCGAAAUUGUCAUUUAACACGACAUAUGAGGAUACAUACUGGGGAAAAGCCAUUCAUUUGUGAAAUAUGUGGGAAGGAUUUUUCCCGAAAUAGUAACCUAAGGGAUCAUAUGAGAAGUCAUACUGGAGAGAAACCUUACUGUUGUGACAUCUGUGGUAAAGAUUUUACCAGAAGCAGUUCUUUAGAGAGACACACCCAAAUACACAGUGGAGAAAGUUGUUAUCCUUGUGAAAUAUGUGGAAAGGAAUUCUCUUUGAAUGAAAGUUUAAGACAUCACAUGAAAAUACAUACGGAAGAAAAGUCAUUUUGUUGUGAUUAUUGUGGCAAAAGUUUUACUUUGAAAAAGUCUUUAAAAAGACACCUGAAAAUCCAUAUUGAAGAGAAAACAGUUUCUUGUGAGAUCUGUGACAAAGAAUUCCUCCAGAGUUCACUUAAAUCUCACAUGAAAAUGCAUCUUGGAGAGAAGUGUUAUAUUUGUAAAAUCUGUGGGAAAGAGUUGGUGACUAAUUUUAACUUGACCCUCCAUAUGAGAACCCAUACUGGUGAAAAGCCAUUCUCUUGUGAAAUAUGCGGAAAGGAAUUUUCUCAGAGCUCCACCCUCAAAUACCAUAAGGAAAUCCACAACAUUGAGAAAACUUACAUUUGUGAAAUAUGUGAUAAGAGGUUUUCUGGGAACAGGGGUUUAAAGCGUCACAUCAAAACACAUAGUGGAGAGAAGCCAUAUUGUUGUAAGUUGUGUGGGAAAAGAUUUUCCUUGAAUUUCAACUUGAAACGUCACAUACGGACACACACAGGGGAAAAACCUUUCCAUUGUGAAAUAUGUGGUAAAGAUUUUUCUCAAAAUUAUACUCUACAGUGUCACAUGAAAACACAUCUAAGUGAUAAACCUUUACCAUGUAAAAUAUGUGGAGAAGAAUUCUUAAAUAAUGAUAGCUUACGACUCCAUGUAAAAUCUCAUGAAGAAGAUAAAUGUUUUACGUGUGAUGUUUGUGGCAAAGAAUUCACCAAAAAUUCCUCAUUGGUGCGACAUGUGAAAAGACAUACAGGUGAAAAACCAUUCAAUUGUUCAAUCUGUGGUAAAGGUUUCUUUCAAAAUGAAUGUUUAGAAAGACAUAUGCGGACUCAUACUGGAGAAAAGCCAUUUUGUUGUGACAUUUGUGGUAAAGAUUUCUCCCAGAAAGCUUCGUUGCUGCGUCAUGUUAGAACUCAUACUGGAGAGAAACCAUUCCCUUGUGAGAUUUGUGGCAAAAAAUUCUCUCAGAAUUCCACUUUGAUGAAUCACCUAAAACGACAUCUUGAAGAAUGAACUCAUCAUGAAAAGAAGUUUGAGAGACAAAAAAAGCUUUAAAUUUUAAAUUUUAUUGAUGAGAAAUAUUUAUCAUUUGAUAAUAUUAACAAAUAAUUAGGAUUUGUUAUUCCUAAAAAAAAAA